AUGAGCGGUCUGGCCCCUGGCCCCUGGACCUCUCCCCGAGCCGCGGGGAACUACUCCCAGGACCCGGAGCCUCUGCCUCCACGGGCUCAGCUUUUCCUGCAGAUCCUCCUGGUGCUCAUGUGCGUUGGAGCAGUCACAGGUAAUAUUCUGGUCAUCAUCAUCGUCGCCGCCACUAAAACGUUCCACUCGGUGACAUCUGUGCUUCUCAUGAACCUGGCCGUCAGUGACCUGCUGGUGGGGGCAGGUGUCAUGCCUUUUGUCGCCCUUUCCCUCAUGAACAGCGGCUGGGAGCAGUGUGCCGACCUGUGCUUGUUUGUGGGCUACACGUCCUCUGUCUACUGCACCGCCUCUGUCCUGACACUGGCUGCGAUUGCCCUGGAUCGGUACUUCUCCAUUGUGGACUGCUUACACUACGCCUCCCGCUGCACCCUGUGGAGAACCUGUGUUGUUGUCUUGUGGAUUUGGCUGCAAGCCCUGACCACCAGCUGUCCUCCUCUCCUGGGCUGGGGGUCUGUUAGAUAUGUGGGCCCCAUGUACAACUGUGCAGUAAACUGGGCUUUUAGUCCAAGUUACACCGCAUUCAUCGCAGUCUUGUCGUACCUAAUCCCAGCAGUGGUCAUCCUCUUUUGCUACUUUAACAUAGCAAAGGUGGCACGCAGUCAUGCCAGGAGAAUCCACACUCUGGAAGACUCUGUGCAGCGCAGCAGGAGCCCCAGCACAGCCUUUGCCUCAGGUGAUCCAUCUCACCAGCGCUGUGGUCGUCUGCACACGCCUUCUAAACUCAUCUAUCAUGUGAGCGGACAGUUUGUGUCUGAGCUCAGUGCAGAGCAGGACCCAUCAAACUCAAGACACCACAAAUCCACUUCUAGGCGCUUCUUCUCAUUUCUCGCUCAUUCUGUGUCCCCACAAUCUUUUCUGAUUCACCAACAGAAUCAACACGGUGUAGUUCGUCUUAUCCUGGUCAUCUGUGCCUUCUUCCUCUGCUGGACACCUUAUGUAGGAGUAUCUUUAGUUCAGGCAGCAGACAUGGCAAUCUCAGGCCAGACUAAUCUUGUCCCACCCUACGCUGUCACCUUUUCGUACUGGCUGGUGCUGCUGAACUCAGACAUUAACCCUUUACUGUAUGCUCUGCUGAGCAAGCGUUUCCAGGGAGCUUUUCAGGCACUGAGGCAGAAGAUACAAACACGCCUAGGGGCCGUGAUGGGUCGAGCUGAUGCGGAUGAGGGUAGGAACACUGAACCCAGUACUGUCACUACACAUCCCAGCCUGCCCUCCUGUGCACAGGGUACAGCCUGUGACUCCAAGUAUUGCUCUGCAGUAUUUACAGUUAGUACAAACUUCAAACAAACUUCUGAGGAAAAGUUUUACCAAAUGUGUCAUACAGACCAGGCCUCUUCCUCGGGUUCAGUGUGGCAGCAGGACCCCGGUACAAGGAGGCUAGAUUGUCUGCAGGUGCCUGCUCGGCCACUAGAGGGCAGCAGACUCCCUUUCUCUGCACUGACCAAGGAGCGCGAGGCCACCUUCUUUUAUGGAAAAAUUACAGUCAGAGUGGAGCAUGAUGUCUUAUAA